AGAGGAGCCAGAGCCCGUUGGGCGCAGCCACGGUCGACUGCGCUAGGAGUAGUACUGUUGGGUGGCCCCCGGGCUCCUCCCUCGGGAGUGGGUGCCAAGUACGCGACUCCGGGGCUCGCGAGGCCUUUGCCCAACACACACGUGCACCCCCCAGUCGGCGGGGGAGCUGGCAGUUUGCGGGAAUGUGGCGGCCCUGACCUUGGCUUAGCUGAGCCGGCUGUCUCAAGUAAAAGUGAGGGGGCCGCCUUCGCAGCGGAGGGACAGGUCCCCGCUUGGGUUCCCGGAGGCGGGAUCUUGCGCUCGGGAGGCGAGGGGGUGGGGUGAGACCGACAACUUUCCCAUCCGAAAAGUACCGACAAGGCGGGAAAAGAAGAUCCAUCACACCAACGAGGGGGCUCUUAGAAGGGGACAAGGCUCUUUGCGGGGCGGGGAGCAAACGGAAGAGUGAGGUGGAGUUGGGGAGCCCGCGAGGGAAGGAAGAGGGUACUGCGCGGCAAAGGGGUAAAAGGGUCAGGGAGGAAAAUUCGGACAGAGUUGAGCUCAAAAAUGAGCCCCCCCCCCUCUUCUCCCUCCCCCCUUCUCCCUCCCCGCCCGCCGAAAAGAAAGGAAAAACAAGGUAGGAGAAAGACUUGGCGAACUGGAAAGUAGAAAGCGAGGCGGGUGGGCGGGGUAGGGAGGAUUCUGCCCAGGCCAAUGAGUGAUGCCGGGACGGGUGACGUCACAGCCAAUGGACAGCCAGCGCGGGACUUUCAAUUAUCGCCCCGCCCGAUCGGAAGAAGACGGUGCCUAUAAAGAGUGCGGCGGCUGGCCGAGGCCCCGUUACUCUCGCUGCCGCUGCGCUGGUGAGUUGGUGUUUUGGUUCGCUAUGGCCCGUACAAAGCAGACCGCCCGCAAGUCGACCGGCGGCAAGGCCCCGCGGAAGCAGCUGGCCACCAAGGCGGCCCGCAAGAGCGCGCCCGCCACGGGCGGCGUGAAGAAGCCGCACCGCUACCGGCCGGGCACCGUGGCCCUGCGGGAGAUCCGGCGCUACCAGAAGUCCACCGAGCUGCUGAUCCGCAAGUUGCCGUUCCAGCGGCUGGUGCGCGAGAUCGCGCAGGACUUCAAGACGGACCUGCGCUUCCAGAGCUCGGCCGUGAUGGCGCUGCAGGAGGCGAGCGAGGCCUACCUGGUGGGGCUGUUCGAGGACACGAACCUGUGCGCUAUCCACGCCAAGCGCGUCACUAUCAUGCCCAAGGACAUCCAGUUGGCUCGCCGCAUCCGCGGGGAGCGGGCUUAAAGUGCGCGCUCGGCUCGAGGUUCCAUCCCAUCCAAAGGCUCUUUUCAGAGCCACCCA